CUGCGUUGUUGAGUGGGAUUCAUUUUUUUUUUUUUUUUCUUUCUCUCUCGUCGGGACUUUAGAUGGACCUAUACCAUGCUUCGCACCGAAGCCGCUUGAACACAGACAUGGACUUGUUGGAAGAUCAAGUCAGCGAUUUACGUCAAUUCCUACGGCAACCACCGCGCAUAGCUGCAGGUGGUACGUCCGUGGGUUCCUUGCUGACGCCGCAAGCAGGGCCGCGCGUGGACAACAAUCCCGCCGAUGCCGCGUCUCAAUCGCCCAGUGUUUCCUCACCCGGCGGCACUCGAGCAAACAACAAGCGACGCCCCGAAGACGAAGAAUCCGGUCCGAAGCAACAGAGAAGCAAGAGGAACAGAUAUAUAUCCAUAGCAUGCAACGAAUGCAAACGACGCAAGAUAAAAUGUAACGGCCAACAACCAUGCCAGCGAUGCGGGCAUCUGAACCUAGCAUGUCUCUAUUCUCCAAACUGCUGCUCCAGCAGUUUCAAGGAGUCCGACGACUACAAGCGAAUGACGGAACAGAUAGCGAAGCUGCAGGAACAAGUAAAUACACUCUUCGACAAUAUGAACUCGUUACGGCAAGACACACUGCAGCAAGAUGCUCGUCACCACAUGUCCCCGUCCACCGAUCCGCGCAACGGUCCCGCGGUGACCAGUCUGCUGGCCCCGUCCGUCUCGAAUUCGACGUCCUCAAACAACGACCCAGCUCUGCAACGACAGUCGCUGCCGCCUUACCCACCGCCCGGUUUCCGUGGUCCUACGAGCAGUCUUUAUGGCGUCAAUGUUGCAAAGACGUCGAUGCACAGCAUGGGUUACAACAAUGACGGAAAUGAUGACAACGGCGCUGCUGGUGACGAGGCGCUCGACAUGUCGCCUCCCGGCAUGGUUCCAGCCUCGCUGUCCCUGGAUCCCUCGGCUCCCAAGCGGGCGACGGACCCGCUCUGGUUAUAUGACAAGAACGAGAUUUUGCGCCUCUGCAGAGUACACGAGGAAGAGAUUGGAAUAAUGUAUCCAGUCACAAAUAUGGAGACCGUCAUGGAACAUGCUCGCGACUUGGCGGCCUGGAUGGAAGCUACCAAACGAAAGGAUAACAGUGCAGCGCUCAUGCAGGAUGCGGAUCUGACGGACAUAGCAACACUCAAACUCAAAAUUAUCAUGUGCUGUGCCAUGGUUAUUGAAGGGCAUGGACAUAGCCCCAAGGCCAUGGAGCUUUUCGAGACCAUCCGGCACAUUCUGGAUCGGAAGCUGAUGAGCGAGCCCAGCCAAUUGGCAAAUCUUCCGGUCCUUUGUCUAUAUGCUGGAUACCGGUUCCUCAACAACGAAGAGAUAUUCGCAUGGCGCGUCGUGGGGCAGGUUACACGACUUUGUCUUGAACUGGGACUUCAUCGACGCGAAGGCUUGAUGAGGAUUCCCGAAGAAGAGCGCGGGAUAGCAGUUACCACUUUCUGGGCCUCGUACGUGCUCGACAGGAGAUGGAGCUUUGGGACCGGACUGCCUUUUGCCGUGCAGGAUGACAUGAUAGAUCCUGGGCUACCAAAACUGGAUGAAUAUCCGUAUCUUCAGGCCAUGGUAACAUACUCGAAACUGGGCGCCAGAAUUUGGAGAUUGGUGGAUUAUUUCGAGCCAGCUUUCGUUCUUGAUCUCAAGCGCGAAGAGUUUGAAGCCCUCGACCGUGAGGUUAUCGAUUGGUAUGAAGGUUUGCCAAGCGAGGUGAAGUCUUCGACGGAAUGCAUGGUGCCACUCCCGUCGAGUUUGACGUAUAAUACCCAGAAGCUGCAGGUGUGGACUCGGCUGAGGGUGAACCAGAUGCGCAUCUGGCUACAUACUCCUGUGUUACAUAGUGCCAUGAGUAUCCAGAAUAACAUGCAAUUGGCUCGGAAGGUCGUCGACCUCGCCCGCGAGACGAUACAAUAUCUCAAGAAGCUCAACGACUCGACCAAUCUAUACAGGCGGCUCCAGGUCUUUUACCAUCAGUUCCUCACAUCGGCAAUGGCGGUUCUUUUCCUCGCUUCCGCACAUGCGCCAGUCGACUUUAGCAGUGUCGUCCGUUCGGACUUUUACAUUGCUCUGGAGCUCAUCAAGGACAUGUCAGCCAAGAGCUGGGUAUCCCAACGAUUAUGGCGCACGGUCAAAUCAUUGAAGUCCUACACGGCGCGUGUAGGACUUGAUGAAAACAGUAGCAGUAAUUUGGCCAACGGCCGACAGCAGCAUCAACACAGCUCAGGAAAUCAGACCGACGACAUAUCUAUGCACGGGUCGAGCAUGUCUGCAUCUGGGAUGACCGCCAUGACCGGCAUGGACGACUGCAUGUACUCGCAAAACGGCGGCGGCAACAAUGCCGAGUCCUCGAGCUAUCCUCCGCCACCUCAGCUCGGCCAGCCGCAGCACGUCCAGCAGGGAGACAAUGGGUCCUUGGCACCGGGCCGAGUUCUUCCCGGUGCUGGUCUCCAGUACGGCCACGACAGCGGCUUGGAUAACAAGCAAAAUGGCCUCGCGCUCCAGAGCGAGAUUAAGAACAUAUUCGAGGGCUGUUUUGGGAUAAACGGGCUGCAAAUGACAUCGAUGAGCGAAUCCGACUACGUUGCUGCCAACUCUGGGCGCGGAUCGUCCACUUUUUCCUCAAUUGUUGGUAUUCCGCCGUCUGGGUAUAGCCCAGUUGGGGCUGGAGGCGGUAAUGAUGGGAAUAACGAGGGACAAGGCGCUUCUGUGGAUGGGCUCGGGAUGGGCGACGCUGGCGUUUACAUGCAAUUCAAGGAUUUGUUUUAAUAUUUUCCUUGUUAUACUAUGGUUUUGGAUAUUUUGUAUUUCGGAUGGAUUACUUGUGCUAGGCGUUGUGGUCAUCCUGUCGCCAUAUGUAUUAUGAAAUAGCCAACAGUGAGCAAUGGAGUACUGUUUCUUG